AUGCCUGGGAAGACGAGACGACAGUCGAAUGGGAUAAACGGGCCCAUUAAAACCGAUGGCGGCAUUAAUGACACAGGAAAAAGAUCGACGUCUCCUUCGCUGCCCUCCGAGAAUAUCUUCCUCUUCAUCCCAAACCUCAUCGGAUACUCGCGCAUUGUUCUCACCCUAGCUUCCCUCCACUACAUGCCUUUUCACCCGCGAAAAUGCUCUCUCCUCUACAGUAUUUCCUGCCUCCUAGACGCUUUGGACGGUGCGGCAGCGCGGAAGUUCAAACAAUCGACCAGAUUUGGGGCCGUGUUGGACAUGGUCAUUGACCGUUGUACAACUUCUUGUCUACUGGUAUUCCUGGCAAGCGCAUUCCCAAGAUGGAGCAUCGUCUUUCAAGCACUCAUCAGCUUGGACCUUGCCAGCCACUUCAUGCACAUGUACGCUACUCUAGCAAUGGGCGGCAGCUCCCAGAGCCACAAGAAGAUAGACAAGGACCGGCCUUGGGUCAUGAGGAAGUACUACUCGGAUACUCGGGUGCUUUUCACCACCUGUGCCAUGAAUAAGGUCUUCUUUAUUGCGUUGUACCUCCUUUCCUUCUCCUCGCCCAACUCUAUUCCGUCCUUGAUCCAACCAGGUAGCGAAAUGAACUCGAUGCAGGCUGGAACCUCCGUCUUCCAACCACUAAUCUGGAGUCCUCCGUGGAGCGCCGGCGCCAUGGAGAUGGCUAGAGCCAACAAGAUGGAUAGUUUAGUUCCGUGCAUUCUCCUAUGUGCCUCAUGCCUUUUCAUGGUUUUCAAGCAGUACGUCAACUCUGCCGCCGUUCUCUUGAAUCUUGAUCAUGAGCAAUUCCAAUCCACCGUCAACCUCCUCAGGCCCGGCGUCUGUUUCUGGACACAGACCGCAAAGUAUCAAGCGAAGCCUUCUGACUGCCUUUGGAGGUCAGGCAUCCUGGAAAACAAGUCUAUUUUCAUGAAAUUCGAGUAUGCGGAACAUGACCUCUUGCAGAUUAUCCAUCAUCAUACCCAGCAGCCUCGACAACCAAUCCCACCAUUAAUGAUCAAGAGUAUUAUAUUCCAGCUAAUCAAUGGUUGCAAAUACUUACACGCAAACUGGGUACUGCAUCGCGACCUCAAGCCAGCCAAUAUAAUGGUGACAUCAUCAGGGGUUGUCAAGAUUGGGGACUUCGGCCUUGCCCGGCCCUUCUAUAAACCUCUUCAGUCUCUCUUCUCUGGGGACAAAGUAGUUGUUACAAUAUGGUAUCGUGCUCCCGAGUUACUCUUAGGAAGUUGGCACUAUGGUCCAGCUGUUGAUAUGUGGGCAGUGGGCUGCAUCUUCGCUGAAUUGCUCUCCUUACGACCGAUCUUUAGGGGGGAAGAAGCCAAGGCAGAUAUUAAAAAGGUUCCAUUUCAGCGCAGCCAAAUGCAGAAGAUCAUCGAUAUUCUUGGAGUACCGACCAAAGAUCAAUGGCCCCUACUUACGUCUCUACCAGAAUACAAUCAAUUUUUGAGCCUUCAGCCGCUCAAGUCAUACUCUUCACGCACACAGAAUCAAAACGAUCAGAUUCUGAGCUCCAAAGAGGGCAUAAACCUACUGAGUGGAUCUAAUCUCGACAAGUGGUACUACGGCGUCACCCCGGCCGGUGCUGGGCAUACUACUCCAUCAGAACCCGAGUCCUUGCAGGUGCUUGGCGCCGAGGGCUACAAGCUGCUAGCAGGAUUCCUUGAAUACGACCCAGAGAGACGUCUAACUGCGGAGCAAGCGCUUGAUCACGCGCUCUUUCACACCGGAAGCAAAGUCAGCACGAAUUGUUUCGAUGGGCUGAAGAUAGAGUAUCCGCAUCGGAGGGUGAGCCAGGACGAUAUUGAUAUCUGGACAUCGACAGGCAGUCUUCCUGUCACGAAACGAGACGACCUGCCAGAUGAUAAAAGACCCGCGAAGAAAUUCAAGGAAGGGUGA